AUGAUACCGGGUUCUUGGACGAAUCUCACGAGGUCAGUCCUGCGACAGCCUUCGAGACGGUGUUGCGCCGAACAAGACAGCGUUACACCUCGUCCUGGAGUCACGACGACGACUCGUCGUGAUCGCCGGCUCUGUUCCAGUCGUUUCGUCGCAAUCCAGCUGUCCGGGGGCAGUUCGCACGACCGGUUCUAUCCUGCCAGAGCCGAAACCUUUCUCUCUUUCGUCGCUUUCCGGAGUCUUCGGAGGACGGGCCGAGUUUCUUCCGCGACCUUGAAGAAAUCGGCGGACGGAACUAUCUCGCCAUCAGAAAACGAACGAGAGGAUCCUUGGCAGGAAGCAGCUCUUCCGCGGGUCCAUGUGGCUCUCGAGGGGAGUCAUGUUACGCAGUCAUUGAAUCCGCAAUUUUCGCGGGUGGGUACUCGUGAUAAGCUUCGAUCCCAUAAACGCCUCAAGCAUCUGAAUCUCAAGUUCGCGUUCGCGGUCCGGUAUCGGUGGGAGCCGCGGGCGUCAGUCGUUGCUCGUGCGUGGUGCGAUGAGGACCUCCGCUCCCUCCUGAUCCGCACUCCAUCCGCACACACCCAUUUCACGUAUGACCCUUACUACUGUGGACUCCGUGCCAAGGCGAGCAAUUCCCCUCGAGGAGGUAACCCGAACGCCUUCAAGGAGGGUUUGUCGGGUCGAAAAGGAGGAGGAGGGACCAGGGGGAACAAUCACAACAACAACAAUAAUAACAACAAUUCCAUCAUCCCCGCUCAUACACCGUUCUUCCCGCUGAACCAUGCCAGGAGCAUGGAAGCCAAUCUCUGUCAGCUGGGCUUCUACCCCCAGAAGGGAGAGAUGAAGCUUAUUGGAGAUCUCCACGCUAGGGCAAUGACCAAGAACAACAGCAACAAACUCCACCAUUCUCGCACUCUCCCUCAAAUCAUCAAUGAGCGAGGCAUGUCCAAAGUGUAG